AUGGCGACCUCCGAGCGUAGCCCUUCUAUUCGGGACCAGAUCCAGUUAUCUCCACAUGGAAAUGCACCUGAAAUCGAACAGCCGGCGCUGCCCCCGACAGAUCGAGGCAAAGUUGCCUGGCUGAUGCUGGCGUCGUGCUGUCUGAUCCAGCUGCCCGUGUGGGUGGUCUUUGGUGUCUUCCAGGAGUACUACUCAACUCACGAUGUGCUGCGGGGUAGCAAAGGCGAUCUGGCGACUGUGGGAACCACCUGCACCGGCAUCCUGUAUCUUCUUUCGCCCGUCACCUUCACACUCUUGACACGAUAUCCGCGUCUGCAGUCCUGGUGUGCCCCCGUUGGUCUGGUCAUCACCGUGGUGGGCUCUCUGCUGUCCUCGUUCUCCAUGGACGUGUGGCAUUUGAUUGCAACCCAAGGAGUCAUGUGUGCCAUCGGUAAUGGGCUCCUGUUCAGCCCGUCCACUAUGUAUCUCGAUCAGUGGUUCGUGCGAAGAAAGGGGCUCGCACUCGGCAUCAUGUGGGCUGCAAAGAGUGUCACUGGAGUGGCUCUGCCCUUUGUUGCCAGUAUUUGUUUGAAUCGAUUUGGCUCGAGUACUACGCUGAGAGCAUGGACUGUCACCACGGUACGGUGCUAG